CGUGAAAACAUUCCAAAAUGCUAGGCAAAGCAUAAAUUUCUAACUAGCCUUUCAAUAGCCCCUGCCGAAUGUAUCUGGCAUCGAAUCCCUACUGACUAACAACUAGUGCAGCGGCGGUGUGGCAUUGCUGAGUGAAAGACGACAACCUCCAUUAGAGCAGCUGCGUCAGCCUGUUUAAAAUCAUGAGUUUUGCGGACCCAUGGAUAGAACAGGAUCGUCAGGCUAACCACCGUCCAAGUGAAACGACUGCGGUGGCCGCUUCGCUCGAGUUUGAAGAUAACUUCAUCCCGCAACAACUGCCGCCACUGAACCCACGGGAACCGCAAGAUAAUCGUCUUCCGGAUUCAGACAACUAUUUAGCGACAUUAGAAAAGAGACUAAAUCGUCUUAAAACCAAUCCCACGGUGCUGCAACAGCUGGUGGAGCGCCGGGAGGCUUUCAUGCAAUCGUUGCUCGGAGGAAGCACAACGCUACGCUCGGAGGCUGAGCUAGAACUGGAAGAACCCGUCAGCAACAUCGAGCUGCUUCGAUUCAUUCGUCCCGAACAAGCCCUUUCCCAGGCGGAGAUUGUACAGCUCGUGCAGCACGAUCAUCUGCAGCUAGAGGCGGACGAGUACGACGAAGGACGCGAGGGCGAAGAAAGCGGCACCGAGAGCUCCACAUCGCGCUAAAACGAGUUAGCAGCAGACAUUAGCCAUUGGCCUCCUUCCUGAUGCUGCGGUUGCAAACAAUACGGAAGCAAAAUGCUGCAGAAUUCGAACCUCGGUCGCACGUUUCUCUUCCUGACCGAGCUGGCGUGGAAAAAUCGUGUCGCCCUGCCAGCACUCAUCAUGGUCGGUUGC